AUGGAAGUACAAAGCCAACGACAUAUUCCUGGCUCUGUUACUGAAACAUGUGCAGUCAGGGACUCUGAGAGAGACUUGCUGGAAACAAGUGAUCUCAAUGCAGAGCCUGUAACUGACAUGCUGGAAACAGAUGAUCCCAAGAAACAAUGUGUUACUGACAUGCUGGAAACAGAUGAUCCCAAGAAACAAUCAGUAACUGGCACGCUGGAGACAGAUGAUCCCAAGAAACAAUCAGUAACUGGCACGCUGGAAACAGAUGAUCCCAGGAAACAAUCAGUAACUGGCACGCUGGAGACAGGUGAUCCCAAGAAACAAUCAGUAACUGGCACGCUGGAGACAGAUGAUCCCAAGAAACAAUCAGUAACUGGCACGCUGGAAACAGGUGAUCUCAAGAAACAAUCAGUAACUGGCACGCUGGAAACAGGUGAUUUCCAGAAACAAUCAGUAACUGGCACGCUGGAAACAGGUGAUCUCCAGAAACAAUCAGUAACUGGCACGCUGGAAACAGGUGAUCUCCAGAAACAAUCAGUAACUGGCACGCUGGAAACAGAACCAUCUGACCUUAAGAAACACAUGAAGAUUCACAGUAGAAUCAAGCCUUAUCAGUGUGUUGAAUGUGGGAAAGAAUUUUCACGACCAUGUCAGCUGCAGACACACAUGUGGAUUCACAGUGGAAUCAAGUCUUAUCAGUGUGGUGAAUGUGGGAAGGGAUUUACACAAUCAAACAGUCUGAAGGCACACAUGAGGACUCAUAAUGGAAGCAAGCCUUUUCAGUGCAAUGUGUGCGAGAAGACAUUUUCACAAUCAGGUCAUCUGCAGACACACAUGAGGAUUCACAGUGGAAUCAAGCGUUAUGAGUGUGAUGAAUGUGGGAAAAGCUUUACACAGUGUGUUGAAUGUGAGAAAAGAUUUACAGAGCCAGGUAGCCUUCAGAGACACAUGAGGGUUCACAGUGCAAUCAAGCCUUUUCAGUGUGUUGAAUGUGGGAAAGAAUUUUCACGACCAUGUCACCUGCAGACACACAUGUGGAUUCACAGUGGAAUCAAGUCCUAUCAGUGUGGUGAAUGUUGGAAGGGAUUUACACAAUCAAACAGUCUGAAGAGACACAUGAGGACUCAUAAUGGAAGCAAGCCUUUUCAGUGCAAUGUGUGCGAGAAGACAUUUUCACAAUCAGGUAAUCUGCAGACACACAUGAGGAUUCACAGUGGAAUCAAGCCUUAUGAGUGUGAUGAAUGUGGAGAAAGCUUUACACAGUUAGGGUCCCUGCAGACACACAUGAGGACGCACAGUGGAAUCAAGCCUUUUCAGUGCAUUGUAUGUGAGAAAACAUUUACAUGUGUUGAAUGUGAGAAAAGAUUUACAGAGCCAGGUAGCCUUCAGAGACACAUGAGGGUUCACAGUGCAAUCAAGCCUUUUCAGUGUGUUGAAUGUGGGAAAGAAUUUUCACGACCAUGUCACCUGCAGACACACAUGUGGAUUCACAGUGGAAUCAAGUCCUAUCAGUGUGGUGAAUGUUGGAAGGGAUUUACACAAUCAAACAGUCUGAAGAGACACAUGAGGACUCAUAAUGGAAGCAAGCCUUUUCAGUGCAAUGUGUGCGAGAAGACAUUUUCACAAUCAGGUAAUCUGCAGACACACAUGAGGAUUCACAGUGGAAUCAAGCCUUAUGAGUGUGAUGAAUGUGGAGAAAGCUUUACACAGUUAGGGUCCCUGCAGACACACAUGAGGACGCACAGUGGAAUCAAGCCUUUUCAGUGCAUUCUUGAAGAGUAUACUCUAUCGAUACGUCGAACAACCAUUCCUGUCCUGCCACAGAGCAGAGCUGAUAUUCACCUUGAGGGGCAGUGGACCACUACCAGGGAUGGUGAAAGAUUUCCCAUCUUCACAGACGGGGAUAAAGACCAGAUCCUGAUCUUUUCCACUGAUGAGCAGCCAGCUGAGGUGUCUUGCUGA